ACAUAGUUUACAUCAUGGCGGUCAACAUGAACAGACGUGACAAUAAACACUUGUGUGUUAUUUUGUUUCUUAUGUUAUUGUGUAUAUUUCGGAAGGCGACAUCACAAGUAAGCACGGCUGAAACUUCUUUAUCAAUCUCAACUGUGACUACCACAUCGACACAAGCUCCAACGACCACAACAACCUUGGCAACAACUACCACGAUUUCGCCUCAACAGCAACCCACUGCAUUUGAUCCAAACUCGCUAAUAGGACAGUGUCCUUGUGAUCUAACGGGCAAUUCCUGUGAUGUGAACUGCUGUUGUGAUGAAGACUGCACAGAGAAUGACAAACUAGCCUUCAGCAAGUGCCUUCCUUUCUCAUUUGAUGUGGAUGAUCGGUUGUGCUUCCGCAAAGGUAUCUUCCAGUUUGUAAACACAACACCAGUCAACAGUGAUCCUUUUUGUAUUUAUUAUGAUAAUUAUAAGGAACGGAACUACUACACCAACCCUAGUAAGGUAGACACACUUACCACUUUCCAAGAAUACCAAAAUCAGUUCUCAGGAUUUUCUUUUAUGUCUUCUUCACUGUCAUCAUUUGACUUCAGUUCUACAUUUUAUAAGAAUGGGGAUCAAAUUUUUACGGUGUUUGAAAGUCAGGUGAUUAGUGUGCUGGGGCUUCCUCGGAGUCUCACUUCUUCUGACUGUGUAGACAAAAAUCCUGCAGCUUACUUGACUGACCAAAGUUUUUCUUGUGUUCGACGUUUGUCAGCACCAUCAACUGACUGCACAUCUUUGCCAGCACUCAAUGCCAAAAAUUAUGCAAAUGGUUUUAAAGUUGUUAUGAGCCCACAGAUGUUUCAGGUGUUCAAUGUAUCUGUUGAUGGAGCUGCAACCUCCAAUCUUUACAACAACAGUUAUACGAACUCCAAUACUGGUGGGCUCAGUACAGUGUAUUGACACAUUUGGGUUAGUUGCUUUAUGCAAUUACACUACGCUACCUUCGCCAUCUUUUAAUACUACAUCCUGCAACAAUGUUGUGCAACAGGUUCAUUACCGGCUGCUCACCAAUGGGACAAGAGGAAUUGUGUCAGUGUAUGCUGACUUUAUACUGCGCACAUUACCCAUUAGUUCCACAGUGAGGUUUUCACAGUCCUUCAAAUCAACCUUCCAAGCG